GAGGCUACAAUUUACAGUCGCGGCCAUUUUGCGAAAUUUGCGCAUUUCAUUUAAGGUGAAAUCAUUCCUUCGGCAAGACGAACUGUAAACAUUGAGUGAAAGCUAUUCGCGCACAAUUGACAAAAUGGAUGCUAAGAAUGAUGUAGCUCUGUCAGAUGACAACCUGGAAGGUGAUUGUGGCAGUGACUUUGGUGAUGGCGCGGCCUUUCCAAGUGAUUGGACUGUGCUAGACGAUGCAGAUGAAGAUGGUGACAUGACAAACAUGACCGUGGUGGAAGAAGUUGGAGACGAGGAUGACAGUGAUAUAGUGAUUGUGGAAGAAAAAACUGUCAUACCUGCUAAGAAACCUGCUCCCAAACCCGCAGAUGUCAAAACUGGACCCAAAACUGACCAAAAGAGCCCAAGCAGUAAAACAGGUGCCGCCAAAGUGGCCGAGAAUAAACCAAAAGGCAAGGCUGAUGAUAAACCUGCUGCAGCGCCAAAAGCUUCAGCUAAACCUGUUGUGAAGACUCCUGAAAAAAAGCCUGCUGUUGAAAAGAAACCAGCGGCUGUCAAAACAUCAGCAGUGGGUAAGAAACCUGCAGUGGUGGAGAAAGUGGUUAAAGAGAAGGCUACUGAUGACGACCUAGAAUCCAUUGAAGGGGAUAUGGGAGAUGAAGACAUGGAAGCAAACAAGGAUGCAAAAGCUGCAGUUAAGUCAAAAAAAAACAAUCUCCCGCCAGAUCAGAAGCUCCACCACAGAAGGGUGAUGAACCCAAAUCUGGAGGGAACGAGGCUAAAAAGACCACCAAAACACAACCAAAACCAACAACACCUUCAAAGAAAGUAACUGAGUCACCGAUAAAGGUAAAGGAAGGCGAUGCUAAGACAGAGGAUGUGAAGGCAAACAAGAGAGCAGAAGCUGAAAUUCAGAGGGAAAAGGCAAAGGAACUGCUUGCUGAUGUGUUCUCUCCAAAUGUGCUCCAGAUGAUGACUGAAAGAACAAGUGAUCUUUCAUCCAAGAUGAAGAUGGCACUGGGAGAUCUUGAAAUUUCUGAUCUGGAUUCAAAGGAAAGGUCAUGGGACCGCACAGCCAAGUGGUAUGUGAAGGUGUCACCUGUUGACCAUGUAGACCUGGCUGAUCUGGGCAUAAAGAAAGCCAUGAACAUUUCCCAGGGCUCUGCAUUUUUCUACAUUGGAAAGGGAAACAAACGUGAAGGACAAAUGAUGUUCCUCUUCAACCAGUACAAGGAUGCGCAGCUGAUUGUCAACAAGCUUGCGUGCAUACCCUUCAAGUCGGAGGUUGUUAAUGUGCAUCUGAAGAGGAAGAAGAGUAAAACCAACACAAUUCCAGAAGUUGGUGAAUUGUCCAUUUAUACCAAGUCUGCCACCAACCUGGCUGUGCCCAUUCGGGGGAAGGAAGCGACUUACGGGAAACCUAUAAAUAGACGAUUACUCCUCCGUAACGUCCCUGUGGGAACAUCAAGAGAGAUGAUUGAAGUCAUGGUGCCCUACACACUUAGUGUAAAGUUCCAGGCAUUGAAGGCUGGAGAGACAACUGGAGUUGCCACAUUGGAGUGUUCAAGCCCAGCAGUGUCGAGGGCUGUGAAGAAAUGUUAUUCAGGCAUGAAGCUUGGCAAACAUGAUCUUGUAAUUCAUAGAGAAGGGACAGAUGAGGAAGAACAAAAAGAAAAAAGUAAUGCAAAGUCUAGGCCUGCCAAUUCCUCUGCUUCAAGUCGGAAAGAUUCCCCUUCGGGGGAAAAGAAAGAUCUCGAUCAGACAAUCGUUCUCACAGAAGUAAUAGCAGAUCAGCCUUAAGUCGUGACCAC